GUUGCACCGCUAUGGCGGGGAAGCAAAACCGCUGCGACGGCCGAGGCGCAGCCAUUGUCGUGUAGGCACACCACGCAAGCGCGGCGAGCCGGCGACGUUGUCGAGGCGCGAAAGACAAACCGGCGUGCGUUUAUAAACUACUAUAUUGUUUAUUAAUCGAACACUAUUUUUAAAAAAUAUAAACAUAAAAAAAACCGUUAAAAAAUAAUACUUGAAGAAUAAAGUGAUUGUGUCUUGAAAAUUGAAAGCAGAUUUUGAAGAAUGAAGUAUAAGGUCAAGGACGGUGACUGCGAGAGCCAGCGCUCGGCUCGCCUGCCCGACACUGCCAGCGGGCUGGAGGAGAAACUGGAGCGCACGGUACGCUGCUCUUCGGUGUUGAUCGCGGCGCUGGGCGUGUCGCUGAUCGCGCUAGGCGUCUACACCACCGUGCUCGUGCUGACCGAGCAGCGCAGCGCGCGCCCCUGCCUCAGUGAACUCUGCGUCGGCACCGCAUCGCGAGUCCUUGCCGCGCUGAACAAGAGCGUGGACCCCUGCGAUGACUUCUACGAGUUUGCGUGCGGCGGCUGGAUCCAGCGCAACCCGGUGCCGGAGUGGGCGUCGUCCUGGGACCAGCUGGCCGUGCUGCGCGAGCGGCUGGUGCUGGACCUGCAUGAACUGCUGGAGACCAACAGUAGCCAGCCGCUGCCGAAAAGUGUGGUGAAGGCCCAGGCGCUGUACCGGACCUGCAUCGACGUGGACAAGUUAGAAAAAGAAGGCAUCAAACCGAUCGAAGAUCUCCUGGAGUCGAUCGGGCUGCCCGCGCGGCCUCCCUCCUCGCCCAGCGCUAACUUCAGCUGGGAGCUGAUCGCGGGCCGCAGUCGCCGCCUGCUCGGGCUCAACGCGCUCAUCAGUGUCCAGGUCGCUGAAGAUGUCAGGAACACCAGCAGGAACAGAGUUGUGGUGGAGCAAGUGACGCCAGGGUUCAGCGACCGCUACCUGCGCCAGCCCGACCAGUUCGCGCACGAGCUGGAGCAGUACCACCGCUACAUCCGCGCCGUCAUACAGAUCGCCGACAACGACACCGACGCCGAGAGCUUCGCCGACGACAUCAUCAGCUUCAGCACCAGCUUGGCUUUGAUAAUGACUCCAAUCGAAGUUCGUCGCAGUGGCAAUCACCUGUUUCAUGAAGUGAGCGUGUCGCAACUCAUCCAAGGCUCCGCUGGAGGGCCCGCCGAGUGGAAUCAGCACAACUGGCAGAAGUACAUCGACCUCGUGUUCGCUGACACGAGUAUCACCCUGGACCAGCACCUCGAUCGGGUCAUCGUGAUGGACCUGCCGUAUCUGCAGAAACUGGCCACGCUGCUGGUGGAGACCAAGCCGGUCAUUGUUGAGAAGUUCCUCUGGUGGAGUGUGUUCUCCACGGUAGCGCCGAUGACUCUCAGCGCCUUCCGCGAGCUCGGCUUCGAGUUCUCGAAGGCAGUGUUCGGGCUGCAGCAGCGCACGCCGCGCUGGAAGAGCUGCACGGCCAACGUCAACGCCAACUUCGGCAUGGCGCUGAGCUACCUCUACGUGAACAAACACUUUGACCAGACCUCGAGAAAGAAGGCGAUAGAGAUGAUCGAAGACGUGCGCGACGCGUUCGCCGCCGCCGCCCGGCAGCUGCCGUGGAUGGACGCCACCACGCGCGAUACCACGCUGCGCAAGCUGCGCGCCAUCCGCACCUUCGUCGGCUUCCCCUCCUGGCUGCUCACUCACCAGGACCUGGACAAGCACUACAAACACGUAGAAGUAGUGGAAGGUAACUUAUUUGCAUCUUACCUGAAACUAACAAAUGCAACGGUCAAGAAGUCUUUAGAAACUCUUCGAGAGAAGCCUGAUCGAGAUAGAUGGGUGGCUACAGCGACGACUGUGAACGCAUUUUAUUCAGCAACACUGAAUUCAGUCACAUUCCCUGCUGGAAUUUUGCAACCACCGUUUUAUGGAAAUGGAAUUGAAGCUAUCAACUAUGGUUCAAUUGGAGCCAUCAUGGGACAUGAAGUGACUCACGGGUUUGAUGAUCAAGGUCGUCGCUACGACGAGCAGGGCAACCUGGCGCAGUGGUGGACGGCGGACACGCUGCAGCACUACCACACGCGCGUCAAGUGCAUCGUCGACCAGUACAGCCAGUACACCCUGCCGCAGCUGCCCAACUACACGGUGCACGGCGUGAACACGCAGGGCGAGAACAUCGCCGACAACGGCGGGCUGCGCGCGGCGCUCAGCGCCUACGAGCUGUAUGCGGCGCGCCACCCCGCCGCGCGCCGCUCCGUGCUGCCCGGCCUGCCCGACUACACGCCCAAACAACUCUUCUACUUGGGCUUCGCACAGAUAUGGUGCGGAAACUCAACAACUGGCGCCUUGAAAUCCAAGAUGGUGGAAGGUGUUCACAGUCCGAACAAAAUCAGAGUGAUCGGGACUCUCAGUAACAGCAAAGAGUUCUCCGAGGCGUGGAAGUGUCCCGUGGGGACGCCGAUGAAUCCCCCGCACAAGUGCGUGCUGUGGUAGACUUGUUGUGAUCUUAGAUGUAAGCCAACCAAAGACAAGACUCGAUGUUACCGUUAAGUUACCAUACCAUAGUUGUAAGUUUAACCUUUAUCAACGCGGUCCGAAGAGGAAGAUUGCAUAAUAAGUAGAUAGAGGCCUACAGAGGUUAAAGCGUGGGUAGUAUGAUAAAAAGAUUUCUUUAGAAUGCCUAAGUACAAGUCUUCAUUUGUUAUGCUUGCACAGAAGAGUGUCGAAAUUCUCUGUAGUUCAGUUUUAUAUUAACGCAGAAAGCUAAAAUGUAUGUGGUACAACUACAAAUUAGGGUACCUAAUAAAUGUUCAGGCGACUUAGAAACGGUUUAUUUUUUGUUUAUCAGCAUCAAAUGUUGUCAACUACCUAUGGUGGAGAGCCGCGUUGCUUAAAUUAUGUUACAAAUAGACAAUUGCUAAGAGCCAGUGUGUAUGUGACGAGAAUGUUGAGACUUAAUUACAUUUAUAUGGAUACGAUUCAUAUUGUCAGUAUUUAGGUAGGUAAUAAAUGAAAUUUAACAAAACUAAUGAAAAGUAAAUGGUAGGUACGUAGGUAGUGUGUAGAAAAACAUGACAAAUACUUAACAUAAAAAAAACACCGACCGAAUUGAGAACCUCCUCCUUUUUGAAGUCGGUUAAAAAUAUUAAAUAGCAAACGUUUCCGCAAUGACCCAAAAGUUCUGUAAGUCAUAGGUCGAUAAUAACUUAGACCGUUAUUAAUGGUCUAAGGAUAAUAACCGUCAAGGUUAUUAUCGACCUAUGACUUACGGUCUAUACGUAGCGGUCAGGAAGGGCCACCAAAGACCGGCGUGAACAUUGAGUAAGAGCCUGCCACAACCAGAAAAACCUCAUUUUAUAAAAGCAGAAAGUUUGUCAGCCUACCAUGGGGAAGUAUGGUAGUCAAAUAUAGUUUGGACUGUGGUGGAUUUAGAAGAUAGCAAAUUCCAAGGGUCCAGUGUAAAACGUUUUUUUAUAUUUUCCUCGGCAUAAAAUGAGAAAUCAAGUCCCCAGUCGUCCGUCACUUGUGACGCGACAACGAAUCACAAAACACCGUUAAAGGUUUUAACUUUAUAUUGAUAAUUACGUGUUAGGGUACUUAAGGACUGGCAAACUUUCAGCAUACAGCCAUUAAAUGUGGAAGCUCUAGUUACAGUAUUCAUAAAAUGUUGUACCUACACCUACAGUUCGUUUCAUGUAGGAUGGUGCGGGUGACAGUUCGUUUCACACUCGAAAGUUUACCGCGAUUCACGAUAAUGGUACGUACUAAGAACGUCAUACAUCGUACCCAUGAUAUCUGAAAAACAAUAAAGUGGUAUAUCUGGUUGUAGGUUGUGUUAUGUGAACAAGGGCUCACAUCGUCCCGUCCCGUCCGAAUGUGACGAAAUCUAUAAUGAAUAAUAUUUAAAUCAAAUAUUAUGAAAAUUCCAAGAAACUAAGAAUUAUUGAAUUACCAGUGUUGUGAUACUUUUGCGUAUGAUCUAAAAUAUUUGCAUUUAUUUUCAAGUAUGGAUUAAGAUUGUUCUAAUAUUUAAUUAAUAUGUACUUAAGUAAUUAGAAAUGCUCAACAAUCUGUUUACUAAAUUAUGACGUGAUAAAUUUGUAUAAUAGAAAAAAUAGCAAAUAUCAUCAAGUAAUUUAAGUGAUUAAUACAUACAAAUUAUUUAUUUCGUAAUAAAGAAUACAUUGAAUAA